GUUCUGAAUGAUGACUGACGCGGGUUUGGGUGAUAGUCCUUACAGUCCCUGUCAUUCCCGAGUGAUAAGGAACUCGCACUUCUAGCCCCAGCACCAGGGCGAAGCAGCAGCUCUGGAGGGAGGCAGGCUUCCGCUGGCCGCCAGGACAGAAGUACCGCCUUCCCACGGGUUUCUGCCCGCGGCUCGUGACCAAGACACCUCGCCGGGUCCAGCUCGCGGCUUUCGCAGGCAGCCGACGUGUGGCCUCCGCAGGACGCCCGCCGCGCCCGGGCCAUGAAGUAGCGGCUGCCUGUGGCGCCGCUGCCCGACCGCCGGCCCCAGCCCCGCGCUGCGCUGCCCGGUCCUCUCCCGGCGGGGCCGGAGCGGCGCGGACAUGGCUGGCCGCGCGCGCAGCCUGCUAGUUCUCCUCCUGACUUUGCAAGGCAGCUGCUUGGGUUUCAGAAGCCCACUUUCUGUCUUUAAGAGGUUUAAAGAAACUACCAGACCAUUUGCCAAUGAGUGUCUUGGUACCACCAGACCAGUAAUUCCUAUUGAUUCAUCAGAUUUUGCGUUGGAUAUUCGCAUGCCUGGGGUCACACCUAAACAGUCUGAUACAUACUUCUGCAUGUCAAUGCGUUUGCCGGUGGAUGAGGAAGCCUUCGUGAUUGACUUCAAACCUCGGGCCAGCAUGGAUACUGUCCAUCAUAUGUUACUUUUUGGAUGUAACAUGCCUUCCUCCACUGGAAGUUACUGGUUUUGUGAUGAAGGAACCUGCACAGACAAAGCCAAUAUUCUGUACGCCUGGGCAAGAAAUGCUCCUCCUACCAGGCUUCCCAAAGGUGUUGGAUUCAGAGUUGGAGGAGAGACUGGAAGCAAAUACUUUGUACUACAAGUACACUAUGGAGAUAUUAGUGCUUUUAGAGAUAACCACAAGGACUGUUCUGGCGUGUCUUUACACCUCACACGUCUGCCACAGCCUUUAAUUGCUGGCAUGUACCUUAUGAUGUCUGUUGACACUGUUAUACCACCAGGAGAGAAAGUGGUGAAUUCUGAUAUUUCAUGCCAUUAUAAAACGUACCCAAUGCAUGUUUUUGCCUACAGAGUUCACACUCACCAUUUAGGUAAGGUAGUAAGUGGAUACAGAGUAAGAAACGGACAAUGGACAUUAAUUGGACGCCAGAGCCCCCAGCUGCCACAGGCUUUUUACCCUGUGGAACACCCAGUGGAUGUUAGUUUUGGUGACAUACUAGCAGCAAGAUGUGUAUUCACUGGUGAGGGCAGGACAGAAGCCACACACAUUGGUGGCACAUCUAGUGAUGAAAUGUGUAACUUAUACAUUAUGUAUUACAUGGAAGCCAAGCAUGCAGUUUCUUUCAUGACUUGUACACAGAAUGUAGCUCAAGAUAUAUUCAGAACUAUACCAUCAGAGGCCAAUAUUCCAAUUCCUGUGAAGUCCGACAUGGUGAUGAUGCAUGGGCAUCACAAAGAAACAGAGAAUAAAGAUAAGACUGCUUUACUACCACAGCCAAAACGGGAAGAAGAAGAAGUGUUAGACCAGGAUUUCCAUGUAGAGGAGGCACUGGAUUGGCCUGGAGUUUUUCUGUUGCCAGGCCAGGUUUCUGGGGUGGCUCUGGACUCUAAGAAUAACUUGGUGAUUUUCCACAGAGGAGACCAUGUCUGGGAUGGAAACUCUUUUGACAGCAAGUUUGUUUACCAACAAAGAGGACUUGGACCAAUUGAAGAAGACACCAUUCUUGUUAUUGAUCCAAAUAAUGCUGCAGUACUCCAUUCCAGUGGGAAAAACCUGUUUUACUUGCCACAUGGCUUGAGUAUAGACAAAGAUGGAAAUUACUGGGUCACAGAUGUGGCUCUCCAUCAGGUAUUCAAACUGGAUCCAAACAGUAAAGAAGGCCCUCUCUUAGUCUUGGGAAGGAGCAUGCAACCAGGAAGUGAUCAAAAUCACUUCUGCCAGCCCACUGAUGUGGCUGUGGAUCCAGGCACUGGAGCCAUCUAUGUGUCAGAUGGUUACUGCAACAGUCGGAUUGUGCAGUUUUCACCAACUGGAAAGUUCAUCACACAGUGGGGAGAAGCAUCUUCAGGGAGCAGUCCUAAACCUGGCCAGUUCACAGUUCCUCACAGCUUGGCCCUUGUGCCUCAUUUGCGCCAGUUGUGUGUGGCAGACAGGGAAAAUGGUCGGAUCCAGUGUUUUAAAACUGACACCAAAGAAUUUGUGAGAGAGAUUAAGCAUGCAUCAUUUGGAAGAAAUGUGUUUGCAAUUUCCUAUAUACCAGGUUUGCUCUUCGCAGUGAAUGGGAAGCCUUUCUUUGGGGACCAAGAACCUCUUCAAGGAUUUGUGAUGAACUUUUCUACUGGGGAAAUUAUAGAUGUCUUCAAGCCACUUCGCAAGCACUUUGACAUGCCUCAUGAUAUUGUUGCAUCUGAAGAUGGGACCGUGUACAUUGGAGACGCUCACAUAAACACUGUGUGGAAGUUCACCUUGAAUGAAAAAAUGGAACAUCGAUCCGUUAAAAAGGCUGGCAUCGAGGUCCAGGAAAUCAAAGAAGCCGAGGCAGUUGUUGAAACCAAAAUGGACAACAAACCCACCUCCUCAGAAUUGCAGAAGAUUCAAGAGAAACAGAAACUGAUCAAAGAGCCAGGCUCGGGAGUACCCGUUGUUCUCAUUACAACCCUUCUGGUUAUUCCUGUGGUUGUCCUGCUGGCCAUUGCCAUAUUUAUUCGGUGGAAAAAAUCAAGGGCCUUUGGAGAUUCUGAACACAAACUUGAGGCAAGUUCAGGAAGAGUGCUGGGAAGAUUUAGAGGAAAGGGAAGUGGAGGUUUAAACCUUGGAAAUUUCUUUGCCAGCCGUAAAGGCUAUAGUCGAAAAGGGUUUGACCGCCUCAGCACCGAGGGCAGUGACCAAGAGAAAGAUGAGGAUGAUGGAAGCGAAUCAGAAGAGGAGUAUUCAGCACCUCUGCCUGCACCACCACCUCCCUCUUCCUGAAAACCGGGCUUUGGUUUAGGUUGAAUGAGAUUUACUAAGAAUGCCAGAUUCCUUUCCCUUCAGCACGUUUAAAGUUUUGUGCAUUUAAUUGUAUAUGUACUAGUCUAUGUGGGACUAUACACAUUUUACGUUAUUUCAUUUGGUUAAGUUGGCUUCUGUUUUUAAUUGAGGAGUUUCCUAAAGUUCAUAAGAGUGCCAUUGUCUUUAUAUGAAUAUAGAAUAGAAAAGCAGUCCUCUUCUUCCAUUAUAGUACUAAUCUAAUGAUGGAAGUUUGCUCAUUUACAUUUUUGAGACUUUUUUGUGGAUGUAAAUAGCCCCAUUCUCUGCUUGGACACAGUAUUCUCCCAAUAGCACUCCCAUUGCCAGCGUCUUUCUUUGGUGCCUUUCCUGUUCAGCAUUCUCAGCCUGUGGCAGUAAAGAGAAACUUUGUGCUACAUGACGACAAAGCUGCUAAAUCUUCUUCUAUUUUUUUAAAAUCACUAACAUUAUAUUGCAAUGAAAGAAAGAAAAAAAAGUCUCUAUUUAAAUUCUUUUUUUAAUUUUCUCCUUGGUUGGUGUAUUUCUGGGAUGUCUUAUUUUUAGAUGGUUACACUGUUAGAACACUAUUUUCAGAAUCUGAAUGUAAUUUGUGUAAUAAAGUGUUUUCAGAGCA